AUAUGCAUUUUGCAUGUCUUUGAAAACUAUUGGCACUUGGGUGAUCUUCAGAUAAGUUAAGGUUAAUGUUGUGAAUUGUUUCUUCAGCAUUUCAUAAUACCGUUAUAAUGGUUGCUGAAAAUGAUGGACAACCCCCAGCAUUAAUAAGAGCUGUCCAUUCUGUCUAUGACUUUUUCGAAGCACCAGUGGUCUGGUUUAGGAAGACUGUGGUAGAGCCGAACCGGAAGGAGUACCACUGGUAUCACCAGAAGUUCCGCAGGGUGCCUACUGUGGACCAGUGCUACGAUGAUGAUCCAGUCUGCAAGUGGGAGGCGAUGCAGCAGUUCCACCGAGAUCAUCUUGUGGACUCUGCCAUUCUACAGAUUCUCAGGCAAAGGUUUGAGCACUGCAUGGUGUAUGAGGCACCCAACAAGGAGAAGUGUGAACCACUGCAUGAAACAUAUGAGCAGUGUGCAGCUGACUGGUUCUCUAAGUAUGGAGAUUUAGGCUGGAAGCUUAGUGCAGAAAAAGCGUACUUCAAGCAGAAGCAUAGAAUGAUUUGGGAGCGUCGCCAUGGAAAAAUUGGCACUGGAAUGGUUGGUAAUCGGCCUGAAGGCGUAAAUGUAGAAGAAUCAACAGUGAACGAUGAAUAAACAAAAUCACAUUCACCAAUUUCUACUGUGAGACAAAAAAGAUGUCCUCUUUAAUUGUGUUGCUUUUGGUUCAGUCUUGCGUAAAGGAUCAUUCUAACAAAAAAUUGACAUUGGUUUGACCUUUGUGAAGAAAUUUCUUUAAUUAUUUGUGUCUCGAGGUAGAAUUUGGUGCUCAAGGAAGAGUAGUCGUAAUAAUAUAACUCAUUGUACAUAAAACAUUAUUGUUUGGA